AUGAACGCGCAGCUGGCGAUGGAGAACAUCGGCGAUCUGCACGGGGUGAGCCAUGAGCCGGUGCCCGCCGCCGCCGACCUGAUGAGCGGCAGCCCCCACCACCGGAGCGCGGUGGCCCACCGCGGCAGCCACCUGCCGGCCCACCCGCGCUCCAUGGGCAUGGCGUCCAUCCUCGACGGCGGCGACUACCACCACCACCACCGGCCGCCCGAGCACGCCCUGACCGGCCCCCUGCACCCCACCAUGACCAUGGCCUGCGAGACACCCCCCGGCAUGAGCAUGAGCAGCACCUACACCACGUUAACCCCUCUGCAGCCUCUACCUCCCAUCUCGACGGUCUCGGACAAGUUCCCUCACCACCACCACCACCAUCACCACCAUCACCAUCCCCACCAGCGGAUACCGGGCAACGUGAGCGGCAGCUUCACGCUCAUGCGGGACGAGAGGGGUCUGGCGUCUAUGAACAAUCUCUACACCCCCUACCACAAGGAUGUUACCGGCAUGGGGCAGAGCCUCUCUCCGUUGUCUGGAUCGGGCCUGGGGAGCAUCCACAACUCCCAGCAAGGGCUGCCCCACUACGCUCAUCCCAGUGCCACCAUGCCCGCCGAGAAAAUGCUCACCCCAAACGGAUUUGAAGCCCACCACCCUGCCAUGUUAGCCAGGCAUGGCGACCAACACCUCACCCCCACCUCCGCUGGCAUGGUGCCUAUCAACGGGAUCCCACACCACCCCCAUGCCCACCUGAAUGCCCAGAGCCACGGGCAGAUCCUGGGCUCUGCCAGGGAGCAAAACCCUUCUGUAACUGGUUCGCAGGUCAACAGUGGAAGUAAUUCAGGGCAAAUGGAAGAAAUCAAUACCAAAGAAGUAGCUCAGAGGAUCACCACCGAGCUCAAGCGGUACAGCAUCCCCCAGGCUAUCUUCGCCCAGAGGGUGCUGUGCCGCUCUCAAGGGACGCUCUCAGACCUGCUGAGGAACCCCAAGCCCUGGAGCAAGCUCAAAUCCGGCCGGGAGACCUUCCGCAGAAUGUGGAAGUGGCUCCAGGAGCCGGAGUUUCAGCGGAUGUCUGCUCUGCGGCUUGCAGCGUGCAAGAGGAAAGAACAGGAGCACGGCAAGGACAGAGGGAACACGCCCAAGAAGCCUCGGCUGGUCUUCACCGACGUGCAGCGUCGAACUCUACAUGCAAUAUUCAAGGAGAACAAGCGUCCGUCCAAAGAGUUACAAAUCACCAUUUCCCAGCAGCUCGGGUUGGAGCUGAGCACCGUCAGCAACUUUUUCAUGAAUGCACGGAGGAGGAGUCUGGAUAAGUGGCAAGACGAGGGCAGCUCCAAUUCAGGCAACUCAUCUUCUUCAUCAAGCACUUGUACCAAAGCAUGAAGGAAUAACCACGAACUGAAACCUCGGUGGAAAAGCUUUAAAAAAUAAAUAAAUAAAUAAAAUAAAGACAGACCAGGACCUCAAAAUAGCAGGUUUAUACUUAAAACUAUUUGAAAAAAAAUAUUUAUAAGUCCAAAGAAACCAAAGACUUAUUUCACCUGCAUUAUGACUUUGUUCUAAGACACACACUUUAGUAGGAUGACGACUUGCAAAAAAAACAGAGAGGAAGAAGGAAGCGAAAUGGAGGGAACGGAACGGAAAGCAAAGAGAAGAGGAACAGACCACUGGUCUCACACCUUUGCCCAUCAUCAUCCUCACCGUACUUGGCUGUGUAGUGGUUUGGAGCGUAGUGAUUUCCUGUCAUUGAGCAGACAUCUCUUUGGAUACAGCUCUUCACGGCCACAGCAGUUGCCAUGGAGGUGUCAGUGUGUCCGUCCUGCGUGCACCCAGUGGGUAGGGACUUAGGGCUGGUCUCCAGAGAGGGCUGUGCCAGGGCACGGCCCCCAGAGCGUGGAGUCGUCUGAAUUCCUUGGAACGGUAGUGUGAUUUUUGCUGUUUCACUGUUUGAACUUGGCUGGUGCAAUGCCUCGAAACAAGUUCAAACUAGGCAAAGAAAUUUUGAAUGGUACCUAAACCAGUGCAUUCUCUUUGUUUGUUAAGGAAUGUUCAGAUUUAAAAAAAGGAAAACUAUUCCAUCCAUAAAAAAAAAAUCGACUAGCUACCAAAGAACACAUUUAAUAAUUGUAUUGCAGGUAUUUUAUUGCAAUGAUUUUAAUAUUCCAAAGCUAUUUUUACACAAAUACUAUGUAGAGUUAUAGGUAUAAACUAAUCUAACUGUAUAACACAUAAAACUUGUAAUCAAGACUGUUAUUUGCAAUUAGUAAAACCACAUUAUCGUUUCUUUCUGUGAUUGGCAAGAAAGAAUGUCACCCGAGGAGAGCACGGGAACCAGAACGGGAUGCUGCUUCCAUUGAACUCAGUGAGCCCUUUCCUCACUGACUCCAACGGGAGCACAAGAGGGAGCCGUGUGUGACACCGUGUGUGUGACACCGUGUGUGUGACACCGUGUGUAUGGCACUGUGUGUGACACACCGUGUGUGUGGCACUGUCCCCAGGCGGGUCCCGGCUGGAGCUCCAGCGUGGCUCAGCUCUGCCAUCUAGCCUGCGAGCAGGGGACCUGAGGCACUCGGGAUGCAAAAAUGAAAGGAAUUGAGGGAUGCAAAACCGCAGGGCUCAGCGUCUGAUCGAUACUCUUUGACAUUAGCGAGCUUUUUUUUUUACCUAUCGACUUUACCAGGCGAAGGAAUAGUAACAGCUUUGCCGGCUCGUGGUCCUUUCCUGCUGGAAGCAGUGGUAGAACAUCAGUUUACGUGGGAGGAGCUCCAAGGGGAGCUCCAGGAGUGCUUUUGGAAGGAGGAAUUGGGAUCUCUGGAGUCAAGAGCAAAAUUCUCGUGGCACAGCGAUACAGCCCGAUGUUUUGUGGCUGUGUGUCUACGUGUGGCAGGCUGAGCUGGUGUCCCGUGCAUUCUUUCUUGCUCAUCUCUUAGGAUAAUGCAUGAAAUAGUUUGAAGUUUGUAGCUGAAAAGCUUUAAACGCUCUGUUGCUAACAGACCCAUAGGAGAGAAAUCAUCCCGUUCCUACUCUGAUAAAAUUAAAGAGAAAAGCGUGAAAUAUCUGCAUAUUAAAUUUUAAUGUAAAGGGGAAAUAGACUUUAAGAACCAUACAUGUGCCUGUUAGAUUUCUAACUGGUCUUUCAAAUUACUGUAGUAAUUAUGCUAGGUAUAUUAAAUUCCAAAAUAAGCAAAUAUGCAGGUAUCGGCCCAAUGCAAGGACUAGAAAUAGAUAAUCUUACUUCCAACCUUUUUGUUUUUAAGGAAAAAAAAAAGACAAAGGAAAAUUCAAGGUAAACUAGAAUCCAAAUACUAUAAACAGUAGCAGAUACUGGUUUGGGGGAUGAAGCCCACUCAAAAUACCAGUGACACCAAAGUAGAACAACUUCUGUAGCACCAGUUGUUUCCCAAGAGGACAGGGUCUAGUCAAGGUUCAGGGUAUACAGUUUGUUUCCACCCAGUGUUUAGAAUACAGGUGAAAUAUCUCUUUACUAAAAUAAAGUUAAAUAAACCCAAUAUUUUUGGCACUGAAUAUUUCUCCGUAUUUCAGUAUGUUAAACCCACUUUAAGGCUGACAAGGCAAUUAUCUAUGAAAAUGGCAUCUAAUCUGGACUUUUUUGAGUCUCUAGCUUACCUUAAAUUUUAGCAAGCUUUCUUUUGAAGUGUUCCAUCCCCAUGGAGACAUAAUUGACAUGGAAACAUUGAUAAGCUCACAUAGGAAGUACCUUAUGAAUGCAGUCUCAUUAGUGCAAGGUUAGUAAAGGACAGUGAUAACUAAAGGUUUCGUUUUUUUCCAGCAAAACACUGCUUUGUGACGUACCUAUAGUUUAGAGAAUAAAGCCUUAUUUAUUUAAAACUUGAGAGUUUAAAAAAUGCAGGGAAAUUCAAAGUACAUUGCCGCAUUUUUAGUAUUUCCAUUGUAUUGUCUUUAUAGACUACUUGCUGAAACCAAAGAGAACUUUCAUACCAGCAUUAAAUUUGCACCCAAUAUGCAAUUUCAGGAUCUCUGAUACACACACAUGCAAGCCCCUAGACAAACAGGACUGUGUAUAUGUACAUGCACACACAUUUUGAUGGGGUGUAUGUAUGUAUACACGUGCACACACACAUGUCCACACACACUAAAACUGAUGCACAAGUUGUAGAUUUUAAGUGUUUUGGGUUUUUUACAUGUCUGUUUAAGUAGAUAUAAACCUUUUGGUUUUCUCUAAGCCAUUAGGAACAAACCACUCUUCCCAUGAGCAAUAUGCGCCUCAUACUCUGAAUAGGCAAAGAACACAAUUCUCCUCAAAUUCCUUCAAAACAUGAAGCAAAUAACUCUGGAACUGCUCAGUGUAGCUGGAAAGCUGUGUUACCUCUGAGCAGACUGUCCAGCCACACCGACUGAAGCACAGACAGGUUACCUGGUGCUCCCUUGCUCUGCCCGGUGCCAUCACCCAACAGGGCAUCCUUGAAGGGGAGUUUCCUCUGAUGCUGCAUUUAACAUUUCCCAGGAAACCUGUCUCUGCCUGUUAGUGUCAGUCUUUCAGCUCAUUUCAUUCCUGACAAAAUGGAAAUUGGUUUCAAAUUCGACAAGAGGAUCCAAAACUCUGCCAGGAAGGAAUAGGAGAGGGAGCAGAACCCAAAACAGUCUGGGAGCAUCAGGAGAUGGGGCUUCAGUCAAAGGUGACUCCAAGGGCAGGAGGGCAUUAGGAACAUGCAUUCAGCAAACAGGCUGCAUCCAAACACGACUGCAGUGACCCACAGGGAGAGGCUGGCCAAGAGGUGAACUGUCCUCAUCCAUCCCCAUUGUAAAUGGCAUCAUUUAGAUUUCUAGGAAAAAAACAAAACAAACUUAAAAAAGCAAGUCCUCCUUCAGCCUGCCCCAGAGCGCUCCUUCAGCCCUGUGUGCUCCCCAGGGCUGCAGCCUCCUCUCCUUACUCAGGUAAAGCAAACCCCCCGGAGCCGGCCAGACACGGGGCCUGUGCUGGGGAAGUUGCUCCUGCGCCCCAGGCCAGGAGCGAAUUCCCCGGCAGGCAGGCAGGGUGGCCUGGCCCGAGAGCAGCCCCAGCGCUGCCCUGGGCACCGCGCUGCUCCUGGGCACUGCCCGGGGCUGCUGCUGCUGCUGCCCAGAGCGCUCACUAACACUGCUGAGCUAAUACCAAAGAGUCUUAGGACACCUCUCCUCACCUGAGUUGUAAACAGGACAUUUUUACCCCAAAAACGUUCCUUCUUUCUACUACUCUUCCUCCUAUCCUCCUCCUCUUCCUCCUCCUUUGUACAUAGGGAUGAAAACUAUGCAUUUAGCAAACAAAGAGAAAGCACUUACCCUUUUCUAUCUCACUGCGUUUGGGUGCAUUCAAAGGCCCAGGGGCUAAUUUUGAGACUUUGCUUAGCCUCCUGGUUUAUUAUUGUGGUGUGGUUAGCUUUACAAUACAUUUGGUAACUAUUUGCUAAAGACAAAGAAGCAAAAGGUAAGGAAUAGCUACUUCCACGUGUUAAAAAAAAAAGAAAAAAAAAAGAAAAAAAAAGUGUGUAAAGAUCUACUAUUUAUAGUGUGAACCAAAGACGCUACCUCACUCGAUUUCCAUUGGUGAUUUUAAUCACAUUGAUGAUACCAAAGAAUACCAAAGAUUUUUCAUGCACGGCCUUGGUCUGGAAAGGGAACUCAUCCUCCUUCUUGCCCCCAUCCCCUGACCCCCUUCCUCACCUUCACUCAGUGUGUAACCUUGUCUUCAUUCUUAGUGGUAAUGCUAAUAACCUUAUGAAUAAUUCUCUUGCUACAACUGCUACUACUGACGAUGAUAAGGAUAAUAAUAAUAAUAAAGCUCUUGGCAAACA